GAAAUUGUCGAAUCAUAUACAAAUGCGUGCUGCCAACUUUCGGACUGGGUGGUAGUGGUUCCAAGCAGCGGUAUGGGCCAAAAGCAAGUUAAUCCAUGCUGUUAGUUUGCACUUUGCGAUUAGGUCGCACAUCCAUUAACCAAACGAGACACAAAAACACACAAAAAUGCUACAAAAAGAACGAGAAAUGAAAGUUCUCGACACAGUCGAAGAAGCACAUACCCUUUAAAAGGCGUGUUAAAAUAUUAAAUGCAGAAGACAGCGAAAGACUUUCACUCAGUUGGGUGCUAAUAAAUUAUCAAGCAUUUUUUAAAUACAUCGCAUAUUCUGGAGCAUUAAACAGAGUUCCUAUAAAAUGUACAUUUUAUCGUUUUUAAAAUAGAAAUUCAGCAUAAUCUAAUAAUAAUCGUGGACCAUGGUAUACAGUGACUUAAACUAUAAUGUCUUUCAAAGGGUAUGAGAAGCGCAAAAGAUAUGGCACAAUAUUUGCUUAAUAUUUGCCGAUAUGGCAAGCAUUAAGGAAAUUGCUAUAUCGAAAUUGGCUCUGGGUAUAAAAACAAAGGUGCCAUCGGUCUCGACAAACAGUUGGCAUUGCAAUGGCCAUCCUCUGGCCAAGACAGCUCCUGCUCCUGACCAUCCUGGCCCACUUGGGCUGGGCAGGUGAGAAUCGCAUUCCGUUGAACUUCAAUAGGAGCUCCCACCUGAUGGUCAAGAUGAGCGAGAUCCUUUGUAGGGCUCAGAUUAAGGUGUUAUUCGUUUACUUCGAGAACCAAACCUCGCACGAGCACACGGGCCAGAUUCUGCGAGAGGUGACCAAGUGCGACAUAUCCUACAUAUCGCUAAGAAAUCAAAAUGGGCCACUGGAGGCUGUCAAGGAUGACGGAAUACUCAUGUACAUGGUGAUGAUCAUCACGAACAUAUCGCAACCGUUGGAACUGUCGCUGAUCCGAAAGAAAUCCGCUGCCAAGCACCGAUCGCAUGUAUUUUUGUUGGUAAGGGAUUCCGCCACCGUUUCCGAUGCCUGGAUGCGGGCCAGUUUCCGGCAGUUCUGGAAGAUCUGGCUGCUGAACAUCGUGAUCCUCUACUGGCGGGAUAAUCGACUGUAUGCCUAUCGUUACAAUCCCUUUACGGACAACUAUUUGAUACCGGUGGACCAUGAGCCGGAUGGAGUGCCCACUUUGGAGCAGCUCUUCCCCAAAACAAUACCCAACAUGCAGAGGAAGCCCCUGAGGAUGUGCAUCUACAAGGACGAUGUUAGGGCAAUAUUCUGGAGGCAGGGCAUUAUCCUUGGCACAGAUGGAUUGCUGGCGGGCUAUGUGGCCGAGAGAUUGAAUGCCACCAUGAUGAUAACCCGUCCGCAUUCCUACAACAACCACAAUCUCAGUUCGGACAUAUGUUUUCUGGAGGUGGCCAAGGAGUACGUGGAUGUGGCCAUGAACAUACGCUUCUUGGCUCCGGAUACCUUUCAAAAACUGGCGGAGAGUACGGUUUCCCAUAUGCGCGAUGACCUGUGCGUGAUUGUGCCGAAGGCCAAGACGGCUCCUACUUUCUGGAAUAUAUUCAGAUCAUUCGGCACAUCGGUUUGGGCCCUUAUUCUCGCUUCUGUUCUGGUGGGGAACGUUUUCUGCUACAUCCUGCAGGCUGGAGUGGGUAGCGCACCCAUGAUACUCUUCGCCGGCGCUUUAACCAUGCCGAUGACUAACAUACCGCGAAACCACUCAAUUCGCUUAUUCCUGAUCUUCUGGCUCUAUUUUGGACUGCUCAUCUGCUCGGCUUUCAGGGGAAAUCUGACCAGCAUGAUGGUGCUGCAGCCAUAUCUGCCGGACAUUAACCAGCUGGGUGCUUUGGCCAGCUCUCACUAUCGCAUCCUCAUCCGGCCGAGGCACAUAAAACACAUCCGGCACUUCCUUACCCUGGGACAUCAGCAUGAGGCCAGGAUCCGGGAACUAAUGCUGGAAGUUCCGGAUGCCCAGAUGUACGAAAUGAUGAAGAACAAUGAUAUAAGAUACGCCUAUUUGGAAAAGUACCACAUCGGGCGCUUCCAGGUGAACAACCGGAUGCACAUGCACCUAGGUCGACCGCUCUUCCACCUGAUGAACAGCUGUCUGGUGCCCUUUCACGCCGUCUAUAUAGUGCCCUACGGAUCGCCCUACCUGGGCUUCCUGGACUCGCUAAUCCGGAGUUCGCAUGAGUUUGGAUUCGAGCGAUAUUGGGACCGCAUCAUGAACUCCGCCUUCAUAAAAUCGGGCAUGAAGGUGGUCAAUCGGCGGCGGGGCAGCAGCGGCGAUGAUCCGGUGGUCCUUAAGCUGGAACACUUUUACGCCGUAUUCGUUUUGUGGCUAGUGGGGAUCGGGCUGGCAUGCAUUGUGCUGGCCUGGGAGCACUUGACCCACAACUACAAUUUGGCGGUAACAAAGCGGCGGCACUAA